UAUAGUAAAACAAAAAUUUGCAUGAUAAAAUUUCGCAAAGUAGACUUUACAAAGGCAGAAUUUGUACGGAUAGAAAUUCUAUGUGUGCGAACUAAUUUUUGCGGGCAGAAUUUAAAGACCAGUAUUUUGAGUGGUAAAAAUUAAAGACCACCUCCAGCGAAGGGCAAUCCUGCAAAUUGCCCGGUUUUCUUUGCCAAAGCUAAACUUUGAUCUUCUCCGUCUCCUUCUGCUGCAUAUUUUGUUUGUUUGUUUGUUUAUUUUUUUUUUCCAAACAAAACUAAAGAAGCAAAAAAAAUAAAGCCCUGUUGACAGAGAUGGCACUAAGAGGUGUUUGGCAGCUAAAGAAAGUGGUAGUCAGCUAUUGCAAUUGGGGUGGCAGCAGCAGAGGUAUAAGGGCAUUCAUGGAAUCUGAAUUGCCAGCAUUCAAGGAGAAAAAUCCGCAACUUGAUGUGGUCACUGAACUCAAUCGUGGUCAGCAUCCUUUCUUGAAGGGACUAUACAAGAACAAGAAUGAGCGUGUUGUAUGUGUGAAGAACUUGAGUCAAGACGAAGUACUUGAAGCAGCGACCAAGCUAAGGAAUUCGCUUGGCAGAAAGGUGGUAAAGCUGAAGACUCGUCAUGUCACUAAACAACCAAGCGUUCAAGGUACAUGGUCAACAGCAUUGGAGUUAUAAGACA